GAGGUUGACAUUUGUUUAUGUUAUGGGUAUGGUGGUAUAGUAUAAACAAUGUGUGAUAAGUGAACCAAAAAAAUAUGUAAAUCAUGUAUGUCUAUAUUGUCACAUUAUGAAGUGUAUCAUCCCGGGCUUGAAUGUGAAAGUACUGGCAAGAGCAAUACAAUCAUUAGCAAAGAUUGGGGAUGAACUUUAUGUAGAACCACAAAAAGAUGGCAUUGCUUUUAGGAGUGUGAAUUCUGCCCGAUCAGCAUAUGCUACAUUUACAUUUUCAAAGGCUUUCUGUUCCUAUUACAAAAGGGAAACCAGCGCUGAUAAUGAGGAAAUAGUAAAAUGUAAAAUAUCAAUGAAGUCUUGUGCUCCAAUUAUUCGUUCACCAGCAAAUUUAGAUAAACAAGUGGAAACAUGUUUGAUUCAUCUUGAGCGUGACGGCACAAAAUUAAUUUUUGAACUACGCUGCCGUCACAAUGUAGUGAAAACACACUAUAUGCCAAUACUUGAAUGUGAAACAUUGCAAGCUGUUUAUCCAGUGGAUGAUGUACCUAAUAAGUUAUUGCUGGAAAGCAAAAUACUUGCUGAUGCUGUGCACAACUUCCAGUUGACACAGGAGGAAAUAUCACUGUCAGUUACUUCAGGGAAGGCGCUGUUGAAAAGCUAUAAUGAUGAAGUGAUAGAUCGUAGCAAGGUUAUCAACACGGAGUUAUGUCUGGAGCCCAGAGACUUUGAGUAUUUUAAAGUAGGUACUGAAACAACAAUUACCUUUUGUCUGAAGGAGUUCAAAUCACUAGUUGUAUUUGCUGAAAGUGUUUCUGUCCCUGUGGCCAUCAACUUUAAGGAAUCUGGACAGCCAGUUGUGUUUAUGAUAAGCAAUAAACCAACAUUUGAGGCUCAUUUUGUUCUUGCAACUUUAUCAACUGACAGUGACUCACAAAGCCAGACAUCACAAAAAUCGAAAAGUUCUGUGAAAGAAGACAAGAAACAAGACAAUGCUGCUGCAAAAGCUAAAACAACACAACCCAGUAGCAAUCAAAACAGCACUCAAGAAGUGCUGCUCAAGCAGAGUGCCAUGGUGGAUCCUGUUGUGGCACCAAUUGAAAAUGGACGAACAGCACGUGAUGAAGCACUGGGAGCUGAAGAAAUUUUUGAAAUGUUCUGUGAUGACACAGAACCAGCAGAGGGCUGCUCACAGGUGUACACUGCAAAUAACCAAAGAUCGAAAGAUGUUCCAUCUUCCAGCAAAACAGCUAUGAAAAGGGACAUAGCUAACAGAGAUUGUGAAAUGGAUGUCGACGAAAACAUGGAUGUUCUUGACAAUCAUGAAAGUUGUGAUACCUUCUACAGUAGAAAUAGCUGUACUUAUCAGACUAGUAGACUACCGACAAGAUUGUCUGAUUGUGAAGAUGAUAUGGUGCCCAGUUCCCCACCUAGUAAAAAAGCACGUUAUGUUUUCAAAAAGUGCUUUGAAGCUACAUUUGACCCACAAAAUAUUCCAGGGCAUGAUAUUGUUCUUGCAGAUGAUUCUGCUGGUGAAAGUGACUGAUUUUGUGUCAGUAAGACUGCAAAGGUGCCUGAGACGUGAUAAUUUAUCUCAGGUUGACAGUCAAACAUGCUGUAUUUUUGUAUUAUAAUUGUGAAUAUAAUUUGUUUCUUUUACAAAUUGUUGAAAUUGUGAACACUCUUUGUACCAUUUUUCAGUUAUUUAGUUCAAAGUCAAUUUUUAAAUGAAAUGUCUGUAAUAGUGACUUUCAAAUUAGUUUAGUUUGACACAGUGAACAUUCUUUGAGAAUGUAGUCUUCCUUGGCAAAUUUGAUUGAUGAAAUCUUCUUGGCCUAUCAGUCGAGUUGUAGCAUCAUUUCACCUCAAGAUGACAAAUUUGAAACUUGUCAAAAUGUUGUGGCAACAUGACAUCACAACUCGGCAGAUAAACCUGGAAGAUUUCAUCGAAAAACAUUAAUUUUGUUAAAGGUAAGGUUGAUAUAUACCAUGAGCGCAAAAUUAUUUUGUUGUUGUUGGUUUCUCUCAUCUUUAAGUUUUCAUGUGCCCCAUCAUGAAAUGCUAUUGCAUAAUUUGGAUACUGAGUAUUUGUGAGUGAAGUGUUUCUGAAAUAAGAUACUUUUUACUUCAAUAUGAACCUUCUUUAACUAUA